AUGCCCCCCCAGGGCGAGUCGAAGAAUGCGGCAAAGAAAGCGGCCAAGCUAGCUAAGCUUGCUGCCGACAAAGCGGAUAAGGCCAACAAGCCUAAGCAGCCCAAGCAGCCCAAGGAGGGCAAGCAAGAGCCCAAGAAGGCUGCGAAGAAGAAGGAUAGCGGCAAGGAACUCAUCGGUAUCGAUGUCGAGAAGGAGUCGGAUUUCCCAGAGUGGUAUCACCAGGUACUCACCAAGGGUGAUAUGCUGGACUACUAUGAUGUGUCGGGCUGCUUCAUUCUGAAGCCCGCAUCUUACUUUAUUUGGGAGGAGAUUCAAAACUGGUUCAACGUGAAGAUCAAGUCUAUUGGUGUCAAGAACGCGAGUUUCCCUCUCUUCGUUUCCGAAGAUGUGCUGCAGCGUGAGAAGGACCACAUCGAGGGUUUCGCUGCGGAGGUCGCCUGGGUGACCCAUGCCGGAAACUCUCCUCUCGAGAAGAAGAUUGCUAUCCGUCCCACCUCGGAGACUGUCAUGUACCCAUACUACUCCAAGUGGAUUCGUUCCCACCGAAACCUUCCCCUCCGUCUUAACCAAUGGAACUCCGUGGUUCGAUGGGAGUUCAAGAACCCUACUCCCUUCCUCCGUACUCGAGAGUUCUUGUGGCAAGAGGGCCACACUGCCCACCUUGGCGAGGAUGCAGCUCGCGCCGAGGUGCUUCAAAUCCUUGACUGGUACUCCGAUAUCUACGAGCACCUGCUGGCCGUUCCCGUUGUCAAGGGACAGAAGACCGACAAGGAGAGAUUCGCUGGUGGUCUCUACACCACAACUGUCGAAGGUUAUAUUCCCGCCACUGGCCGUGGUAUUCAAGGCGGCACAUCUCACGGCUUGGGCCAAAACUUCUCGAAGAUGUUCGACAUCAAGGUUGAGGACCCCUCCAACAAGCCAGGCGAGGAGAAGAAGCCUCCUCUGUACGUCUGGCAGAACUCUUGGGGUCUGUCAACCCGUACCCUUGGUGUCAUGGUCAUGAUCCACUCCGACAACAAGGGACUGGUCCUCCCACCCCGCGUGGCAGAGACUCAGGUCGUUAUUGUUCCUGUUGGCUUCACCGCGAAGACCACCGAUGAGGAGCGUGAGAAGCUGAACGCCGAGAUUGAGGGUCUUGCCACCGUUCUUCAGGCCGCUGGCGUCCGUGUCGAGAACGAUCAACGUGAAGGCUACUCUCCUGGCUUCAAGUUUGCCGACUGGGAGCUGAAGGGUGUUCCUUUGCGCCUGGAGUUCGGCCCCGGCGAAUCGGCUGGCCACUUUAUCAGUACCGCUCGUCGUGAUAUCCCUGGCAAGGAGGGCAAGGGCUCUAUCCCCAUUUCCGAGCUGGGCACUGCCGUUCCUGCGCUCUUGGAGACUAUCCACCGCGAUAUGUACAACCGUGCGAACGAGAAAUACACCACCCACCGCAAGAUCAUCGAGAAGUUUGACGAGAUUGUCCCGGCUCUCAACGACAAGAACCUGGUCCUUGUGCCAUUCUGUCUGGCCGAGGACUGUGAGGACCAGAUCAAGAAGGAGACUGCCAAGAAGCAGGAGGAGAUUUCCCAGUCUGGCCCCGAGGAUGUCAAGGCUCCUAGCAUGGGUGCUAAGAGUCUGUGCAUUCCCUUCGACCAGAGCAUUGGCGGCGCUGAAAUCACCGCCGAGACCAAGUGUAUCAACCCCAAGUGUACCCGCUCCGCUCAGAAGUGGUGCAUGUUCGGCCGCUCUUACUAA